AUGCGCAGUACUUGGUUUUCGGAGUUAGUCAACCUUUGUAAUUCCGUGCCGCAAGGACCGGUUUCUCCUGAGAACCAAGACCAGUACUGCACCAUAAUUAUGAUGCUUCAGCUCCUGCUUUCUCCCCCGUCCUAUAAUAUGGAUAUGGUUUUAAAUCUUCUUUACAUCCUCGACAUCUUCUGUGACUAUGACCAGUCCUCUAAGGGAGAGCAACAUCUUCUUGAGGGACAAGGGCUUCUUCAAAAGAUGUACUUUGCAGAGUGUGGCAUCCCGACAUUCAACCUAGAUGAUAAGGAGCCCGGGAAACUCAACCCUAAGGGUCAGGGAGUUACUAAUUCUGGUUGCCCUAUUAUGCCAGCCACAUACAUAGGCAUUACAGAGGCUUCCGUUCUACUCUUUGAUGUGAUGGGAGACAGAACAGUUUUGAGAUCCAUCUACUACUAUAUGGCUCGCUGGAUGGUAGACAAUAACCUUAGCGGCCCAAUUCUGACUAAUACUCUGCGUGAAAGGAUCCUCCAACAGAAUGAAGAUAAAGGAACUAACAUGAGUUUGAGGGAGUUAGAUGAUAAUCCGGCUACCAUCGGACCACAGAAAUUCCACCAGCUUGUCAGUAUUGAGCUUCUUUCCAUUAUACUUUUUCCUAUUCUGGCAGUGACUAGGUACAGCAUGACGGCCAAACCCGUGACAGACUUUCCCUUGUUCUUCGUUUGUGAUAAUAAUAAUGGGAAGAAGGAGUAUCCCUUUAUUAAUAUUUCUGAUAUCACAGAGUCUGCUGGACUAGAACCCAUUAUGGUUCCUAGCCUGAUCCUCAGCAGUGGUCUAAGUGACCUCUUCUUGAAGUACAAGAGUAGCUUUACGUUUGAGCCCUAUUCCUAUCAGUGUUCUGCUGUGGAUGGGAUGCAUAGACGGCGGAAUACCUCCAACAAGACGUUUGGCUGCCUCGUAUUCGAUUUGAUUGAAAAGGUAGUUGCUGUCCUAGAUAGGAGGGAUAUAGAUGUCAGCCGAAGCAUUAUCAUAGCAAUCAUUGAGUAUCUAAUGGAGUUCCCGUCUCUUUUCCACGAGUAUGCAUCGCUCUAUGGAUGGAGACAAGAUCCCAAUUCGUAUUCGACAAUUUAUACGGAUAUUACAAGAAAGUACUGUCAAACAAUAAUGGCUACAAGCCAAAAGUUGUUGGACCUUUGCUUUAUGACGGUGUUCUUCCAUGGCCAAAUUGACAGCAUUGACGAUGUGGAUUUGGAGCCCAUGGGCGAUACAGAUGAUGAGCUUGUGCUUUCCAGUUCUGCUCAGGAAUUGGCAUCUAAACUUCUGGAAGGGGACGAGCAAUACUUCAUGGACUUUUUCUCCAAGUUCGUUAACUUGACUGUUCAACAUACCAGGAUUGAGGCAGGGUUUUUGGCGGCUCUCGGCAUGCACAACUUAACGCUUAGUGACCCGGUCUAUCGAUCUCUUUCUCUGGCCAUUGCAAAUGGGUGUAACGCUGGCUCUGUUAGGUCUCCUAUUGACAUGUUUUCGGAACACUAUUACUACAUGCAUUCGGAUGUCAUGUAUCUCUUUCUCACCGGUCUUGAGUAUGUUGUGUUCCUUCUACGGGCAACCUCAGUCUAUAUUCCCUCUGUUGGCCCAGAAGAUCAUGAGAUAUACCGAGAGACAUAUAUGUUUCUUAACCACGAUGAUGUGCUGCAGAUAGUAUGCAAUGCGUUUGGUCUGCAAACAGAAACGGAGGAUUUUAUGACACUCUUACGUAAAACGUUGGACGAUAUCAUUUCCGUGAAGGAUAAGAGCAAGACAGAUUAUAUUCACUCGGUCGUGUCAUCUUUCUUCUUAUCAACCAUCACAGAGAUAGACGCUAUGUAUUAUCGCCGCACUGAACGCCACAUAUCUGUCACUACGCAGUUGCUAGAGCAGCCCGUCCAGAACUUGCAAUUUACUACCAAUAUUGUAUCUCAGAAGGCUCCGAAGGAGGCUACUUUAAUGUUCACAGCGUGUCCUGUGGAUGCUUGUUUUCAGUCUGAUCCUCCUGAGAGUGCUAAGAGUGCUGCCAAGGCGAAAGCUGACACGUCGGUGGAUCAAACCGUCCUUGAAGUGGUCACUGAGAAAGCCAGCCUCCUUACUGAGAUAUUUCGGAAGUUCUUAGAGGAGAAUCCGGCGAGUGUCGACGCACUGUGGCCUGAAAGCGAAUAUUCCAAGCAAACUACCUUAUUUGAGAGCAAGUACGAUAUCUUAUAUCGCACGCUUCAGGAUAUAUGUUCAUACUCCUCUCAGACGUAUAAGGAUAUGGCAUCAGUGAUGGAGGCGUACAGGCUUCCGGCCCAUUCGGCACUGAAGACAAGAAACUCAAUGAUUAAACGCAGCUACAUAGGAGGCGUUUAUAGAAAUAGUCCAGAAUGGUAUAUUACUCAGGCCAUUCGCAACUAUCUAAUGAUACCGGACAUCAGAUCAUCGUUGAAACGUAUUGCUAAAGUCUCUUGUAUCUCUACGGGGAUAUUCCUUCUUCAGGUCGGGGAUCUGCACACAGAUUCCGUAGCUUCAGCUCUUAUACAGUCACCACUGGAUUUGGCAAAGCUGCAGGGCAUUUGCUCACCAAGCAGGUAUGGGCUGGCGCUUCUCUUUACAAGAGAGAAGGACGGAUCCCUCAUCUUCACCGAUGCCCAUUCUGUUUUUUACUUGACAGACUCUGCGCUAAUAGCACUCAUGACUGACGAAGACUCAGAUUUGCUCUCUUCUAGAAUCAACGAAGUGACCGUCUUUGCCUCUUCAGUUGAACAUGCAGCCUCACAUUCCUUGUUCGGCGACUUUGUUCCCGAUACAGGCUCUUUAGAAAUGGUCUGCAACGGCAGAUCUUACUAUAACUUGGAUAAGUGCAAAUUUUGUAGAAUUCAAGAGGCAAUUUAUCAUGGGAGAGAUAAGGUGCAAAAUAACCUCAAAGAUACGAGGCAGUUGGUGGCCCCUCUCACUGACUUUCACAAUAUAUUCUUCAAGCGUCUUGUUCACCUUGCCCAAGAAGACAAGGGUCUGGAUCUCUUCCAGUUUAGAAAUGCUAUUUUAGACAGGCUGUGCUCAAGUAACAAAGAUAUUAUCUCUAUGCUCCAGUCCAGUGGACACUUCUUUAUUUCUAAUGCUCCAUCUGGCAGCGGAGCAUCCAUUUCCUUUGUCUCUUCUGGCAGCAAGGUCUACAGUGAGUCUGAAUUGAAGGGCCUGGAGAUGAACAGGUCCGUGUGCUCGAUCUAUUCAGAGGAACGCUAUCUACGAAUCCGCCUCCAAGAACAUGGGAUUGCAGAUCUUUCAAAGAUAAUUUGUCAAUGCGCCAUGAAGAGUAUUUUCAGGCCUGGUAAAGAUAUCUUCAAUAAGCUUACUCUGACUGCUCCACUGAGAGCGGCCUUCGACGAGUGUAUGGCCGGAUGUGAAGCGUCCUCGGUGCCAGACUCUGUCCCACCAUCCUUAUGGAUAUUGGCAGACAGUCCAAAUUUCUUUGUGGUUCACUAUAGCGAAUUAUCAUAUGAGAUUUUGCGAAUGUGUGAGCAACUAGGGGCUAACUUGGCCUGUAUAACAGAUGUCUUCGAUGGAAUUGGACCUAAAGAGCAUUUUCUUAUCAAAGUUUUCCAUGUUAUUCUGUCCCUUAUAGAUCCGAACUUCGGUAAAGUCCUUCUUGAGAAACUGAAUGAGAAGAUCAUUAAGGCAGAUGUGAGUGAGAGGAAGCAAACAUCUACAGGCCGCUUGGUCGGUGGAACGUGGAAAUACUUAGAACUUAUAAAGGAAACGACAGAGAAGGAUUAUGCUGAUAAAAAGCCGUCUAAGAUAGCGUUGAAGUUCGCCUCGGAAGCGAAGAGGAACCUGAGUUAUUUAGUGACAACAAUGAAGCCGUUCGUUUCCCAAGUUAUGGCGCGUAUUCCCGUGAAGUUUAUGACGGUUGGGCAGUUUAAUAAGCUUGGAUGCCCAUCAACUCUAGAGGAUUUGGUUAUUAUUGUGAAAAGCAGGGACUGCAAUAUAGAUGACACUCGUAGAUUGCUUCCUAGGUCUGCUUGUACUAUUGAGCUCCUCGUGGAUGAGAUCUGA